UACAAGAGGAACAGAGAAGCUGCCGUCUGUUAAAUCAUUUACUUUUUUCGCCUUUAGCUAACAGACAGGUGAAUGAGGUGCAGGUAAAACAAUAAUAAACACGCCCCGCAGUGCAAGCAGACUACAAACAUGCAUAACAAAGGGACCGGUCCGGUGUGACCCUCCUUCCCUCCCCUCCUGGUUGGCGCAGUGAACCGUACGCUCUCUCAUCCCUUCCCGUCAUGCAGCGCUCUUGCCUGCUCCUCCGUCGAGCCGCCAUGUUGUCGGAGUGAAAGCCUGGGGUGUUAGAGAGAAACUGGGGCUGAAAUCCGCGACCAUCCACCCUCUCCGCCGGCUGUGGUGGAAUGAGCAGUGUGUGUGUGUUGAAGAGGAAAGCAGUGCUCUGGCAGGAUUCAUUCAGCCCCCACCAUAGAAGUACUUCUCCCAGCAUGCCCGUGGUGCUGAGCAGCGGAGGACAUGCCCCUCCAACUGGGCAGACCCCUCAGGCCACACCCCCCAGCCAGCAGGGUGUGGCGGGCGCUGGACGUUCCCAGGACGAUGCCAUGGUAGACUACUUCUUCCAGCGGCAGCAUGGCGAACAGCCCGGCAAACAUCGCUGGCCCACUGGAGACAACAUCCAUGACAGCCAGGUGCGCUCCAUGGACGAGCUGAACCAUGACUUCCAGGCUCUCGCUCUUGAGGGACGCGCUAUGGGAGAGCAGCUGCUAACUGGUAAGAAGUUCUGGGAAACAGAUGACUCUGGGAAGGAUGGACCAAAGGGGAUCUUCCUGGACCAGUGGAGGGACAGUGCAUGGGGGGCUUCAGAUCACUCGGUGUCUCAGCCAAUCAUGGUGUCCCGUCGGCCAGGGCAAGGUUUCCAUGGCGGUGGUGAGGUCGGGGUGGGCUCUGUGAUGUCUCCACGGUCCGAGAGCGGAGGGCUCGGGGUUAGCAUGGUAGAGUACGUUCUGUCCUCCUCACCGGCUGACAAACUGGAUUCCUGUCUUCGAAAAGGACCCUAUGGUCAGAGGGAUGGAGAGGUGGAGGAGGAAAAGAGGGAGAAGCCAAAGACGACGUUUGAGGGAGAGAAACUAAAAGAGCUAACGGAAGGUGAAUCUGAUGUGAUCAGCGACGUCAUCAACCCGAAUGGGCUGCCUGUACAGAACGGCCUCGACGUGGACGUCAAAGAGUUUGGUCGCCCCCCGGGCAACAUGCCGGCUCCCGGCCCAGAGGGUGAUCUGCUGGGCGGUCCCGGCGGCGUAGGGCCUGAGGGUUUGACACCCCUGGGGGGUGGCGGAGGUCCCAAACCUCCUGAGGACUUUUCUGGCGUGGAACAAGGUGGUGUUACCAUGGACCCCAUGGAGUCGGUGAUGGAGCCGCUUCAGUUUGACUACAAUUCUCAGAUGCCCAUGGACUCUGCACCCACUGUGGGCUUAUUUGAUUACACUAACCAGCAGCAGCUGUUUCAGAGAAACAAUGCCCUAGCAGUGCAGCAGUUAACAGCAGCCCAGCAACAGCAGUACGCACUGGCAGCCGCACAGCAGCCUCACAUUGGUCUGGCUCCAGCAUUUGUGCCCAAUCCUUACAUCAUCAGUGCUGCGCCGCCAGGGACAGACCCAUAUGCAGCGGGCCUAGCAGCAGCAGCUACGCUCGGUCCAGCAGUGAUGCCCCCCCAGUACUACGGUGUGACCCCCUGGGGUGUCUAUCCAGCCAACCUUUUCCAGCAGCAGGCUGCUGCAGCCAACAGUUCAGCCAAUCAGCAGGCAGCAGGCCAGGGCCAGCAGAACCAACAGCAGGUGAUGCGUGCUGGAGGAAGCCAGCGACCUUUGACCCCUAGCCAAGGGCAACAGGGUCAGCAGAAUGACCAGCUGGUGGCGGCAGCAGCAGUCAACUCAGCCCUCGCCUUUGGGCAGGGGUUAGCAGCAGGAGUACCUGGGUAUCCAGUAUUGGCGCCCGCAGCCUACUAUGAUCAGACAGGGGCCCUGGUGGUCAACACGGGAGCCAGGAGUGGCCCCGUCCGCCUCAUGGCCCCCGCCUCCGUCAUCAUAUCGCCUUCUGCAGCACAAGCAGUUGCUGCUGCAGCAGCCUCCGCUGGUGGUGCCAAUGGCGGUCUUGGUGGCGGGGCUAAUGGUCCUUUCCGUGCCAUGACGUCCCAGCAGCCUCAGCAGCAGGGUGGCCCCGGUGGCGCUCUGGGAGGAAGUUCCUUCUACGGAUCCUCGUCCCUCAGCUCCUCUUCCCAGAGCUCCUCUCUGUUCUCACAAGGCUCUGCCCAGCCUGGACCAGGGUCUGCCUCCUUGGGCUUCAGCCAGCCAGCCUCAUCCUCUCUCGGUGCCACUCUGGGGGCCACGCUGGGAGGGUUUGGCACUGCAGUGGCCAACUCGAGUGGUGGCAGUGGCUCCAGACGGGACUCAUUGACAGGCAACAGCGAUUUGUAUAAACGCACACCUUCCAGCCUCACCCCUAUUGGUCACGGAGGAUUUUACAACGGCACCCUGGGCUUCAGUCCAUCCCCUGGCCCUGUGGGCAUGCCUUUACCCAACCAGGGGCCUUCCCAUUCCCUCACACCUCCACCCUCCCUGUCCAAUCACAGCUCCUCAUCCAACCUCAAUCUUGUCCCCUUUCUCUCUGACGCCACAGGAGGCCUGACCAAUGGCAGUGGGCGUUUCAUCUCCGCAGCUCCAGGAGCCGAGGCCAAGUACCGCAACGCCGCCAGCUCGGGCUCCUCCCUCUUUUCCCCCAGCAGCCAGCUCUUCCCAUCAUCACGGCUACGCUACGGCAUGUCGGACGUGAUGCCAUCAGGCCGGAGCCGCCUGCUCGAGGACUUCAGGAACAACCGCUAUCCCAACCUGCAGCUCCGAGACAUCGCCGGCCACAUCAUGGAGUUCAGCCAGGAUCAGCACGGCAGCAGGUUUAUCCAGUUGAAAUUGGAGCGAGCCAGUUCAGCAGAGCGCCAGCUCGUCUUCAGCGAGAUCCUGCAGGCGGCCUACCAGCUCAUGGUGGAUGUUUUUGGGAAUUACGUCAUCCAGAAGUUCUUUGAGUUUGGCAGCCUGGACCAGAAGCUGGCUCUCGCUGAGAGAAUCCGAGGUCACGUGCUGUCUCUGGCCCUGCAGAUGUACGGCUGCAGGGUCAUUCAGAAAGCUCUGGAGUUCAUCCCCUCGGAUCAGCAGGUUAUUAGCGAGAUGGUGCGGGAGCUGGACGGCCACGUGCUGAAGUGCGUAAAGGACCAGAACGGUAACCAUGUGGUGCAGAAGUGUAUCGAAUGUGUCCAGCCUCACGCGCUGCACUUCAUCAUCGAAGCCUUUAAGGGACAGGUCUUCGCCCUCUCCACUCACCCUUACGGCUGCCGAGUGAUCCAGCGCAUUCUCGAACACUGCCUCCCCGAGCAGACGCUGCCCAUAUUGGAGGAGCUCCAUCAGCACACAGAGCAGCUAGUGCAGGACCAAUAUGGCAACUACGUGAUCCAGCACGUUUUGGAGCACGGCAGAGCCGAGGAUAAGAGUAAAAUCGUGGCUGAGAUCAGAGGCAAUGUACUGGGACUCAGCCAGCACAAGUUUGCCAGCAAUGUGGUUGAGAAGUGUGUGACCCAUGCGUCACGGGCAGAACGGGCUGUACUGAUAGAUGAAGUGUGCAGCCUGACUGAGGGCCCCCACAGUGCCUUAUACACCAUGAUGAAGGACCAGUACGCCAACUACGUGGUGCAGAAGAUGAUCGAUGUGGCCGAGCCAACGCAGCGCAAAAUCGUAAUGCAUAAGAUCCGGCCUCACAUUUCCACGCUGAGGAAGUACACGUAUGGAAAACACAUCCUCGCCAAGCUCGAGAAGUACUACAUGAAGAACGGCGUCGACCUGGGUCCUCUCUGCGGCCCUCCUAAUGGCAUCAUGUAAACUGAACCCCCUCCUCCUCCCCCACCCCAAAAUCAUGUCUACCACCUCCCCACCCUUCAGCUCACCUUCCUCAUGCCUUCAUGUCUACCCCACCCACCCCCUCGUCUGACCCUUCAGAAAGCAUCAUGCCCACUUCACCCCACCGAAUCCUCAUAGAGGACAUCGUGUACCCCUCCCACCACUGUUUCCAUGACAACCCUUCGGGAGGAGCCUGUUGCUACAGGCAGCCUUAGUUGGUGGGUUGGGUUUUUUUUGGCACCCCUCCCCCCACUGGACUCCAGUCUGUAAACUGGGUGCAGUGGAAGGCAGCGACGGUGGCAGGAGGGGGUGGAGGUGAACAAGGAGAGGUGAGACCAACUCUACUCACCACUCCAUCCUCACCCCACUCCUCCUUUUCUUGUUUUUUUUCCUUUUUUGCUUCUGAUAAACUCAAAAGAUAAAUAAAUCUUUCACUUUUUGCUACUGCUGCAUACACAAUCCUAGAGCCCCCUCCUCCUCUCAUUCUAGCUAUUUACCACUAUGAGAUGGAACGAGUAUUUAAUUUGUCUGACGUCCCCGAAUCAUAGACAGACACACACACAGACACACACAUGCGCGCGCGCGCCACCAUCAGCUAACCAGCAGACAGAUCAUUUAGCAUGGGAGAUUCGUUUUCUGGUCUUGCUUCUAUAAAUAUAACGUGUAUACUUGGUGUAGACCUUUGCAUAUAUAUAUAUAAAUAUAUAUAUAAAACUUUGUAGUUUUUCUGGUUUUUGAUGUUGAAUCUGUAUCUAUAAUGUAUCCUAGUAGUGACCACAUACUUCUGACUGUAUAAUUGUACAUUUGUAAACCCUUGUAAUGUAAAAGUGCUUUACCACCCUUUUUUGGUAUGAGAAGAAGAAAAAAAAAAGAAAAAAAAUCUCACUCUGGGGGACAAAAAAAAGGAAAAAAAAACUGUGCAUUUCAGUGUAUAUUCUCACCUCCUUGGUUGUGACAUAUGAGUUGUUGUAUAUUGUAAAUUGUAAUAUCAAAUUUUGUUUUGAAAAGCCCUUUCUAUACAGCGUUGUACUUGUACAAAGAUUCGCCACGCUUGGUUUUAUCUUUAUCUCGUCACUGCUUAACUUAAAGACGUCGAUCUCCCGCCGACUCCCAAUUGGACACGUUCGGAUAGUUUAGUGGUGUCUUUUGGUUUCUGUUUUUUGUUUGUUUGUUGUUUUGGUGGGGAGGGGGGGACUUUUUGACCUUUUUUAAGAUCUUUUUAUAGGAAUGCUUUACCCCAUGAAAUGUGUCAUGUGUUUUGAGUACGCUGGCUGGGUGGGAGAAAUAACUUUUACUCAUUUAAACCCCCCUUCCCCUUCUCCCCCCAAACUCCUCAGUUACCCAUGACUGUUUUCAGGGGUAAACCCGUGGAUUGUACAGAGGAGACUCUUGUGUUUUUUGGCAUUUUCUCUAGUGCUGUAAGUGCUGUAUCAUACUGUCCAUGUCCUUUUGGGUGAGAGAGAGGCCGCCCGCCACAGCGCGGUGUACAUUUGGAGCAGCCUUGUGUAUAUUUACUACGAGCACACCUGUAACCAUAUGUGUAUAGUUAACAGAACCUGUGUAUGCUUAUUGCCUGGGCAACUAUUUUUUGUAACUCCUGUUGUAGAUUGUCUCUAAACAAUUGUGUGAUCUUUAUUUUGAAACCAAACUGAACAA